UCUGCUGAACGCAGCCAUGGACAAGUUUAGGUUAAUUUUACCAUUCUGGCGGGAAGUGUAGAGUUUGACUUUGUGAUUGUAAUUGAUGUGUAUUUCGAUAAAAUUCCCGAAAUGCCUGAGAUCACGAUUAAUGAUAUUGUCGUUAACUUUCCCUUUAAACCAUAUCCUGUACAGCUGGAGUAUAUGAAAAAGGUGAUAGAAUGCCUGCAAAAUAGCCAACACGGUGUUUUAGAGUCGCCGACAGGUACUGGAAAGACUUUGAGCCUUUUGUGUUCCUCCUUAAGUUGGUUAUUGACAAAGAAAGCUCAAUUACAAGCACAAAUGAUAGCAGGUGCAAUAGAAAAAAAAGAUUUAGGUGGUCAUUUCUUUAAACAUUUAACCAAUGGGCUCGAGAAAGCAGUUGGUUUACCAGACAAUGUUCAAAGUUUUGGCUGGUCUAUGGCAAAAAUUAUUUAUGCAUCUCGAACACAUUCUCAAUUAUCUCAGGCUAUGCACGAAUUAAAGAGAACGUCGUACAAACAUGUGGCUACUACUGUAUUAGGGUCUCGAGAUCAGCUGUGCAUUCAUCCAGAAGUUUCUAAAGAGACAAAUACUUUUAACAAGAUACACAUGUGCCAUUCCAAAGUGAAGUCAAGAACUUGUUUUUAUUACAAUAAUGUUGAGGCUAGAAAAGAUGAUCCUGUCUUUAAAGAGGAGGUGCUAGACAUAGAAGAUUUAGUUAAACUUGGGCAGAAACACAAAUGUUGUCCAUACUUUUUGACGAAGGAAUUGAAACAGAAUGCAGAUAUUGUUUUCAUGCCUUACAAUUAUCUGUUGGAUCCUAAGACACGAAGAUCCCAAGGCAUAGACUUACAAAAUACUGUAGUUUUAUUAGAUGAAGCUCACAAUGUUGAAAAAGUUUGUGAAGAAGCAGCAUCAUUACAGAUAAGUAGUACAGAUAUUGCAAUGUGUAUCGAUGAAGUAACUUCAGUAAUGCAAGACAUGGCUAAGAACUCAGAUCAACAGUCAUUCGACUUUCUAUCAGAGAAUAAUGUUCAGAAAGAUUUUACAGCGGAAGAUCUAUGUCUCUUAAAGGCAAUGUUUUUGGAAUUGGAAAAAGCAAUUGACUCUAUUGAAUUGAAAAAUUCUAGUGAGGGAAACACUUUUCCUGGUGGAUUUAUUUUUGAACUACUUGAGAAAGUUGAGCUAACACAUGGUAAAGAACAAAUCGUUAUAGAAAAGCUGGAAAAAAUUAUAUUAUAUCUGACAACUACUAGUACUUCACCAUUUGCAAGAAAAGGAAAUGCACUGCAAAAGUUCAGUGAUUUAUUAAGGACUGUCUUUAACAGCGGUGCAUCUAUCGCACGUCACAGGGAGAAAGUAAAACGUUGCUACAAAGUUCACAUACAAAUAGAAGAGCAAAAGAAGAAUUAUAAGAAUGACGUUUGGGAGAGCAAAAAGAUGACUAAAACGGAUGGAAAACUUAUUAGUUAUUGGUGUUUUAGUCCUGGUUUUGGUAUGGAACAGAUGGUAGAACAAGGAAUACGUUCAGUAGUGCUCACUAGUGGCACAUUGUCUCCAUUAAAAUCAUUCAUAUCAGAACUUGGUAUACCAAUUGCAGUCCAACUGGAAAAUCCACAUAUUGUAACAAAGGGACAAGUAUGUGUUGGUAUUCUUAGUCAGGGACCAGAUAAUCAUCCACUUAAUUCAUCUUAUAACACAAGAAAUGAUCCAAAGUAUAUUGCGUCUCUUGGAAGAACGGUGUAUAACUUUAGCUGCAUUGUUCCCCACGGAUUAUUAAUAUUCUUUCCUUCAUAUCCAAUCAUGAAAAAAUGCAGGGACGAAUGGCAGAAUAUGGGUUUGUGGACACAGAUUGCUGAACGUAAGCCUAUUUAUGUAGAACCCAACUCUAAAGAGGGAUUUGUUAAUGUGAUGAAUGAGUAUUACCAAAAAAUUAGAGACCCAUCUUGCAAGGGGGCUGUUUUCAUGGCGGUGUGCAGAGGGAAAGUCAGCGAGGGUCUGGAUUUUGCAAAUGCAAAUGGUAGGGCUGUAUUAAUCAUUGGUCUUCCAUUUCCACCUUUAAAAGAUCCGCGUGUUAUGUUGAAGCAAAGAUAUUUGGAGGAAAUAAAAACUACAGAAAAAGAGAGUCUAACUGGGCAAGAAUGGUAUCAAUUAGAAGCAUCUCGAGCUGUUAAUCAAGCUAUUGGUAGAAUAAUAAGACACAAAAGUGAUUAUGGCGCUGUGAUAUUAUGCGAUUGUCGAUUUGAAAAUCCAAACUUUAAGAAACAAUUAUCGACUUGGCUUAGACCAUACAUAAAAAAAUUUACGAAUUUUGGGAUGAUUACGAAAGAGUUACGAGAUUUCUUUAAGAACGCGGAGAGUACAUUGCCGCAACCUAGUAUCACUCAUGCACAAUAUGGAAACAUUGAUAUAUCAUUGUCUGCUGUGGGAGCUACUUUCGAAACAACGGUGUCUCACUCUCUCAAACAAAAAGCACAAGAUAAUUUUGGGACACAAGAAUUGAUUAAGAAUAGUUUUAACAUAAAUAUGUAUUUAAAUGAAAGUGCAAAGGACAAGCAGUCAACAAAACCACAAUCUGCAAUCAAUUUUAGUGCUUGUAAAUUAAACAACAAUCAGAGUACGUGUAAAUUAGCAAACCAUCGAUUCGAAGAACCAGUUCCAAAAAGAAGAAAAAUUAAUAUUAUUUCAUCUGGAAUUGAUUCGUAUUUUUCUGCUCCUUCAACCUCUUCAUUAACAGUUCCAGAAAGUAAUUCCAAGCAAAAUUGUGUACAAGAUGAUAAGGACGCGAGUAAAGAUGAUAAAAAAGUACUGGGAAAACAAUAUUUAAAAGAUGUGAAACGAGCACUAUCUGCAAAUGAUUAUAAAAUAUUUGCAAUUAUGAUACAGAACUAUACAGAAAGUGGUGAUUUUGACGAGUUAUUGAAAACAUUGUCAAAUUUAUUUCCGUUGACUGGACAGUUACAGCAUUUAUUUAUAGGAUUUCAAAGUUUUCUAAAGAAACAACAUAUUACAACUUUUGAAAAUUAUAUAAAGAACUUAAAGUUAUCUUAAUGCUACAUUGAAACAUUAAAGGAUAACAAAUGCUAAAUGCAUAUGUGCAGUUUUAUUUUAUUUUAAUUAAAUUUAUAUGUAUAUUUUUUAAACAGACUAAAGAAUUAAAAAUUUACUUAACAAUAUUUUAAUUUAAGUUUAUGAAAUUGUUGAAUGUUAAAACAUUGUAAUGUAAUUAAGAAAAAAUUUUAAACUGUAAAGUACAAUUAAAUCAUUUUGUUUAGUUUGUAAUAAUAGUGUAAAAUUAACUUUGAUAAUUAAAAACAAUACUGUAAUCCUAGAUGUACUUAUAUACAUAUUUUACUUUUAUACUGUACACGAUAAUUUAUGUUAUAAUAAAAAAUACGAAUUUCUUAUUUAAAAAGUUGUUAAAAAAUAAAAGAGUAAAAGAAAAGAAACAGAUACCAUUUAUCAUUAAUUAGUCAGUAUUAUACAUUAAGAAAAUUCUAAAAUAAAAGAACUUCCUUGACAUCGGUACUGCAGAUUAUUCUUUGAGGGAGACCAGACUUGCUUUUUGUCCAACGCAGAUCUGUCUUUGUUCUUUAAUUAUUUCGCUAUCUGCGAAAAGACCUGUCAACUACUGUUGGACACUACUCUUUUUAUGACAGUUCAGCUUUGCUGAGCGAAAUAUGCAUGCAGUAAAAGCACAUUAGGAUAUCUUUUUUGUUAAGCGUUCGUAACUUUACACGGUCAGUAUUAUUAGUGCGUGUUUUCUGAAGGAUGUUGUACUCUUAUUUUGUAACGCUAAUUCAAAGAUAUUUAUAGAUGCUGUAAAUGUCGGUAAUUUGCGGUACUAUAACAUCCUUUUAAGAUGAUGCUGGACUGACUCGAUGAAACUCACUCGACGUCGAUACUGCAGAUUGUUGCAGAUUUUUUUUCGUCGGGCAGAAGGUCGCGCUUGAGGAGAAGACUAAGGGGAAUAGGCUAGCGUUCUCUAUCAAACGCACUCAUCUAUCCUUGUUCUUUUAACUUUAGCGCCUCUAAUGCAAGAUCUUUGAACUACCAUGAACACAAUUUUUGCUUUUCGCACCAAUACACGUGAAAAUUACAAAAACAAUUUUCAUACAUUUAUAUCUUUUAUAUUAAAGCUUCUAGGAUCAUUUUGCAA